GGUAAUGAAGUGCGUCUGGGUGCUUCUCAGCAUCUGGGCUCCAGGCUUGGUCACCCUGAGUGUCCGACAGAGAUCCCUUCCCUGCUCCCCAACACCCCCUUCUUGAUGGUGUGGAAUGCCCCCACCCAGCCCUGCAUGACAAAAUACAACGUGGACCUGGACCUGAGUCUGUUCGACAUCGUGCUGAACCAGAACCAGAGCUUCAUGGGAGACAACAUCACCAUCUACUACGAGGGCAAACUGGGACUCUACCCUCAUUACGACUCGCUGGGGAAGCCAGUCAACGGGGGGGUCCCCCAGAACGGCAGCCUUCCAGAACACCUACGGGCUGCCGGGGAUGAGAUACGGGAGGACAUCCCUCGCCCUGACUUUAGCGGCCUGGCCAUCGUUGACUGGGAGAGCUGGCGGCCCCUGUGGGCGCGUAACUGGGACUCGAAGACGGUGUACUGGGAGGGCUCGAGGACGCUGGUGAGGGAGAAGCACCCCGACUGGCCACCCAGCGAAGUGGAAGAAGCAGCCCAGAAGGAGUUCCAGGAGGCUGGGCGAUCUUUCAUGGAGGGGACCCUCAAGCUCGGCCUCAGCCUGAGACCGGGCGGCUGGUGGGGCUUCUAUGGCUUCCCAGCCUGCUACAACUACUACAAGAACUCUACUGCCAACUACACGGGACGCUGCCCCCAGCUGGAGAUGAAGCGCAAUGACGAGCUGGGCUGGCUGUGGAAUGCCAGCUCGGCCCUGUACCCCAGUAUCUACCUGGAUUCGGACCUGCAUGACAAGGAUGACUGCAUCCGAAAGUCUGUUCACUACCGGGUGCUGGAGGCCAUGAGGGUAGCGGGACAGUUGGUGCCCGUCAGUCCUCCUGUGCUGCCCUACGCCCGCAUUGUUUACGCCUACACUUUGAAAUUCCUCACACAGGAGGACUUGAUUCACACCAUCGGUGAAAGUGCUGCUCUGGGAUCAGCUGGAGUAGUGCUGUGGGGAGAUGCGCACUACGCACAGUCACAGGAGGUGUGCCAGGCAGUGAAGGAGUAUGUGGACGGGAUGUUGGGGCGAUACCUGGUUAACGUGACGGCUGCGGUGACCCUGUGCAGCAACACUGUGUGCUCGGGGCGUGGCCGCUGCCAGAGGAAAGACAGUGGCUCAGCCACCUACCUGCACCUGGACCCUCGGAGCUGGGCCGUGGUGUCGAACCCGGGUCCCAAGAGGGUACAGUUUAGUGUGCGGGGACGACCGGGCAAGUGGGAACUGGCUGAGAUGGAGGCCAAGUUUGGAUGCCAGUGCUACCAGGGUUGGGGCGGGAAGCAUUGUAAAAAGCGGAUGUAGUUUAUGCAGCUGCUAUUUGGGUUAUCGUGUGGAGACUCGUCCCUCACCAGACCCCAGCUGUAUGCCAACAACAAGCUGAGUCAAGUAGACAAAUGUUAAGAGAACCUCUGAAUGCAUGAUUGUGUGUUUAAAACGGGGAAAUUCCAAACCUUCCGGAACCAAUUAAUGACACAUUUAGAAUCCACAAAAGACGAAAGUUAUAAGCUAGGCUUAAUAUUUAUAUUUCACGUCAAAUCUGACAAGAGAUUGGAUUAGCGGUGCAAAAAAAUAGUUCGUGUCGGCUCCCAAAAAAUGAUACAGAGAAGAAAAUCUUCGGGUCCCGGCCAUAUCCUUCAGCGCACAUUGUAUAUAUAUAUAUAUAUACACACACACACUACAGCUCUGCACACAUUAACCAUUGAAGUACUUCAAUCUGAAGCUUUUCUUAACAAGAUGAUUAGAAAGUCACAGGGUUGGGAUGUAUAUUAGUAAAAUCAAGGGCUGUAAGUAUAAACACAAUAUUGUAAAACGGUAGUGUAAUUAUGAGAAGGUAUACAUUUACUACCACAGUCUGUUGUGUGAAAGUACAUUAUUAAUGUUGCCUUUUUGAAAGAAAGUGAGACAAGCAGACUAGAACACAGUAGACACCUGGGUACCUGGGCUCCAUGCAAGACAUGUACUGCAUGGUCUUAAAAUGCCCCUUCCUAGACCUCGGUGCAUUGAGCGAUGCUUUAAAAGGACUCCACACAGCCUCUGGUAGCUGCAUCAUGUGGAUACUUAACAUAGUUCCCAAUCUAAAUCUAUUCAUUCAAGUAUUUCACAAUGAAAAGGUGUACUAAACUGUAGCCCUUUUAUAAAAAUGGCCCAAUGUGUUGGGUUAGUAACAGGUUUUAGAGAAAUAUCCCACAACAGUGUUACAAGACCACCAGCUCCUAUCAAGAUGUUCUGCCCAAAAACAAAACAAAAAAAAAAAGAGCCUUGCACUGGAAGCAGUGCGGUUUGGGCUGAACUGUACCCUGUGCACCUCAUGUUAAUCUGUUUUAAAAAAUAAAAUGUUUACAAUGCA